CAGGGGAAAACGUUUAGAUACAACAGUUUAAAUCAACCGUUACGUGUUUGUCUGAUUUGUUUGUGCGAAUUAUUAUGGAAAUAUUGUAUAUACGAGUGUUGCGUUGGAUAUUAGUAUUCGCAAUGGCUUUGGAAUGUUCAGCCAUCAUUACAAUGACAGCAGACCAAACGUAUGUGCCAAUUGGAGGCGAUGUACACGUGACAUGUAAAAGUGAUGUGAAAGGAAUAAGUAUACAGAUAUUUAAUGGAACAAUAUUUAUGACAAAGUGUUGGAAAUUUUACUGCAAGAUUAGGGAUCUAGCAUCAGCGUCAACAAUACCCGUGAGAGAUGGCACAAAUGCGGGGUACGACAUAGUUAGUUUUACGUUGAGAAAUUUUCAAAUAAAAGACAGUGGGACAUACUUGUGCAAGACCUGGAUUCAUGCGGACAGUACAAGGCAGCGUGACUAUCACCUAUGCAGUCCCCAUAACCUUUAUUGUGCUGACACCGAAGCUUGACCCUGUGAACGUGGUAGACGGUGUUUCUUCAACUUUCUCCUGCGUCACGUCCGAGAGCCGCCCACCUGCUACUGUGUCCUGGUUCAAGGGGAUUGAUGACAUCACAGCAUUUAGCAAUAAUGUUACCACGACCUUCAUAACAACCAGCACUCUGACAUACACCCCUUCCAAAGAGGACCAGGGGAAGAGAAUCCGGUGUGAGGGCAGCAAUGGUGGAACAACGGUGACAACGUCGGUCAGGCCUCUGGCAAAUAUACAGUUCGGUCCUAGUAUCCCUUGUGACUACGCCGGAACAGAUGCUCCACCAACAAUAAUGAUACGCGAGGGCUGGAAUUUCUCCUUGAAUUGCACUAGCAGCGGCAACCCAAAACCUAGCCUGACAUGGACCCAUCCUGGACCGGGACCAAACAGUCCACUUGCGCUCUCAAACAUUCAGAAAAGCCAUAAUGGAACAUUUACCGUGACCAGUAGCAAUACAUUGGCCCCGUCUGGAGAAGCACAUGUUCCGAAAUCAAAUUCCUCUUCGUAUAUUGUUCUAGUGAUGUAUCCCCCAGCGUCCAUACAAUGCACGGUAGGCUCUGCUUCUUCUCUAGGAUCAGGAACACUGCGUGUUGUCAAAGACAGCACAUUCACCAUCAGUUGUGUUGCCGAUAGUGUUCCGGCUUCAACUUGGGAAUGGUCGUGGUCAGGUGGCAGUAUAUCUAGCUAUCAACUGUCUGCUCCAAACAUUCAGACUGAAGGGCCGUUUACAGUAACUGCACGGAAUACAUUUACGUUAACAAAUGGAAGUACAGAGACAGGUCGAAACCAGAAUGAAUGCAGAUUACAACUCCUAUACCCUCCAAGCAGACCUGUGUUUCACUUAGGCGGAACAACUGGGCCUCGUAUUACAGAAAACAGCCUCUCGGUCAUCCGGGGCAAGUCGACCAGUGUAGCAUGCAUAUCCACGGGGAACCCCGAGCCCACUUACUCCUCCUGGAACGGAUCUGAUCAGUUGUGGACGUUCAUCGCUAACACGGACACCACUAGGACGUGUUUGGCAUCGAACACUCUCAACCCGACCGGAUUUAAAGAGGAGCUUCGGUCCAUAUCGAGCGCACUGAAUAUUAAAGUAGUGUAUGGGGCUUCAAUCGCAGACUUUGCUAUUACGGGACUUGAAGGAAGAGAGAAAGUGGUUUUGUUUGACGGUUCUCGCGUUAGCCUUCACUGUGCAGUAGAUAGUAACCCUGGUUCAUAUAUUGAAAUACUUAAGGAUGGACAGUCCCUCAAACAAGUGGGCAGUGCACAGAAACUGAGUCUUGUGAUUGAAAGAAUUAAAUGUGAAGAUGAUGGCAUCUACAUCUGUACGGGGCGUAACGUCCACGACUCCGCACCUGUUAUGAGAACGUUAACAGUUUUUGUUAAAUGCUCUCCGCGUGCUUCGACAGCCUCACCAUCAGUUUAUCUUGUUACUAGCGUAACCGGCGUACCCGCAAAUUUGACCUUCACCUUAGUAGCAUAUCCCCGCCCGGAUAUGUCAGACUUCCGGUGGGAGAAACAAGACGUGUCUGGGGAUGGAUGGACAACCAUGCAUAACACGCAGAACGUGAAAUUAGUUGUGUCAGUAAAUAGGCUUCAAACAAGUAUAUCUUUCACCAGUGUACAGAAAGUCGACUUUGGUUACUACAGAGUUAACGCGAGCAAUGAACUAGGUCGUACUUCAGAAAUAUUCCAUCUUCAGUCACAAGAAGCAGGCCCAAGUUCUGGUCCAGUUAUUGGCGGUGCGGUUGGCGGAAGUAUAGGAGGUGUCGUUGCUAUAGUCCUGGCCCUAGUUGUUCUUAGACGGAAGUAUACACACAAGUGUAACAUUAAAAGAAAAACAGAUGCUCCUCCUGGGAAAUCCGUAUCCUGUGCAGACAAUUCUGAUCCUAUCGCAGCUCAGACGCACGAGGAAAUAUCCAUGACAACAAAUGCAACGGUGUACGAUAUUCUAGCUAUAAGAGAUGUUAGACCCGACAGUUCGCACGAGUACAUGCCGUUAGAACAGUCCAGUUUGAAGUCAAAUACUACAUACGAAAACGUCAAAUAAGAGGAUCCGGUUUUUAAAAACACUACGCUGAAGAACACUGUGCAGUCGGUGCCUUAAGUACAGUAAUUGAAACCAAAGAACAUCCCCGCGCCGUACUAGGCUUGAACGUGCUUGUAACAGUGCCAUCGUCUUUGUCAGCAUAAUUAUACUCUUUUUUUCGUCUAUACAUUACCUCCCAUAUCAGAAAGGUAAAAAGUAGGCGGGAAAUAACCGUGCAAUAACUAUCGUGCGGAUAAAUAACGGCAUAUUCCAAAUAUAAACACACACGUUAUGGAACAUUGUCCUUUGUGAAAACAGUUACUUUUCUCACUUCCCUCGUUAUUGAAAAUAUAUACGAGCGCACAGAUGAAAUCCAAGCGUAUUUGAUGGAUAUUUAGUAUUUUUUACUUGAAAAGGGACUUAAUUUGUGCAGGAAAUACAGUGCGGUUGAGACAAUGGCUGCACAAAACUUUGUUUGAUUUUUGUAUUGUUAGUCAAAAUACUUAAAUCAGGUAAUUAUGCACGAGCCUAAUUUAAUAUCUUGUUACUGUGUAUUAGAAUUUACAACAUUUGGAAAAAGGCAAUUAAAUAACUUCAGACAGCUUUUACUAUAAAUGGCACGAUCAGUUUUAAGAUUCCACACACGUAUAUACGGAAACUGAUUUUAUCUAAUUUAUCUAAAAUGUAUUUUGCUUUUUGUUUACUAUGUAUUCCUAUGUUUUGUUUAUCCACGUGUUUGUUGAAUACCCGAAAGUAAACAAUAUCACGUGACCAAAGGUUAACAUCUACUAGUUAUUUUGAUAUGCUUACUAGUAACUUAUUUGUUACAAUUUUAUCACUUAUCCAAUGUAUCACUAGUCAAAUAUACAAACCAAUUGUAAAUGCAAUGUAAAUGUUUAUGUCUUUUCGUCUUUGUGUUAUAUGCAUCGUAUUUUGUUGAAAUGUUUGAUCAAGGAUCAUUUGACCUAUUUCAAACAAAACAUUUGUAUAUACUAUACUUAUUAUAUCAGUUCCCGUGAUAAGUAUUUAUAAUAGUAAUAUAAGUGUGAUUGAUACUUUACAAAUAUUAUGAAAUUAAGUUUUACUUGUGAAAAUAAUUUAUAAUGCACACUUUACUAAAUAUAUACGUUUGAAUUUAACAAUAUUUUUACA